AUGUCUUAUAACUUGCGGCCUGGGAGGAAACUUAAACGUCCUGCACGGUACCAAAGCCAGAACGGCGACGAGUCAGAAGGGUCUCCAAUUUCGGCGAACCAUGUUACAGUCACGCACGCAAAGGUUCAUAGCCUCUCACCCUCUCAACCUUUCAGUGCUGUCGCCCCCCAAACGCCGAACCCGUCACCUCUCGCUCCACGACCAACAGCACCUUUCAUACCAGCAGCACAUGACACACUAGCGACACCUCGAACCGUACUAAACGCAAGCAGUGCUUCAGUGCCACAUAGGCGUCGCAACAUGCCGAACGUAAGAUAUGUCCGCAAGUAUUCACAGCGUCCGCUCGCCGACGAGCACCACGACAAGGACCGGGAUGAUACUCUGCCUGUCCGUCGACCCAUAGGCCGCCCUCCUACACGUCCGCUACGGCAUGUUCCUACCUCCAUUUACCCAGGUGUCAAGCCAGCGUCGUUUCCGUCGCUUGCCUCCGAUGAGCCACCAUCUCAGGAUACCUCAAAAGAUGGGGUUCACUACGGCGCUUGGGAACUUAUGAAGGCGAUGGAGAAAAGCGACCAAAAAGGCAUACACACGAGCAAGCGCGGGGUCGAUGAUAUGUACAAUAAUGAAAAGUUCCCGUUGCGUGUGACAGAAGAGGAGAAGAUGUGGUAUGCCGAUUUAGCGGAACGUUGGAGGCCGAACGAUCCAGAGGUCCAGGUCGCAUUUGCCUCGCUCUGGCCAUCUCUGCGCCAGAGCAUCAUUGAGCAGAUCCGCGACGAUUUCCCACCGGGGACCUACUACGACUCAUAUCACCCCGUUCAAUGCCUCCUUGGCCUAUCCCAAUCGGCACUCAAGAUAAUCCUGGACGAGAAUAGCGCUAUGUGGACUGUCGAAGACAAUGUCCCGAAGUAUCUUCGCGAUUACAAAAAGCUCCAUCCAGAUAAAAUCAUCGACCCCGACGCACCCCCACCACGUGAAGUCGUGAAGGCAAUCAAGUUUCUGAAGCAAGCACAUCUUCCGGGCAGCCUUUUGGGGGAAUGGCAGUUUCCGUUGCCUUCUAUCGAGGUAUUCAGACCCCCUCCUAUCUACUCGAUCCCCCUCAGGGUGACGGGCUCCCUUGGCGGAGGUUCGUGGUCAAAAGCAUGGAUAGAAACAAACAGGUUGCCUAAGAAUAAUAGGAGUAACCCAGCUCUGUCUACAACGUCGGCCAUUGCCAGUCGCGCGAAAUUGGCGCCAUUAGAUGGCCCCACUACACCUGUGUGGCCCAACUCCUCAUAUAAUUCCGGCUGGCUGCCUAUAACAGAAAACAAAAAGCGGAAGAGAGGGCAAAACGAGGAAGAUAUUGCGCAAGAGCGUCGGUAUCACGACUGGCAGGCCUCAACUUUUGCGGCUGCAGCCAAACGCUACAGUCAGAGACACUCUGUAGUGCACCAACGUACGUCCUCGUCGCAAUAUGAGAAACUACGAGUUCCGAUCAGAACAGUAGAUCAGCUCCAGGAAAGAAACAGAGCGCACCCAGGGCUGCGAUCCCUUGGAUUCACGAAUAUAACAAAAGGCUUGAGAGAUUCUCAUCAUCACCAUACUGUGAUGGCCGGAAAGCAAUACGACGAACGUCUCGCAACACCAGGUGUUGGUCCCCGCUACCCUCUUCCCCUGCCUGUGUCGGCAGCCGCAUAUGCUCAGACUACUACGGUCAACUUAUUAGCAGCCCGGGAAGAAAACCAGGCAAGACGACUUGAUGUACCCAACUAUCAAACAUAUGGCCUUGGUCACGUUGCAAAUGCGCAGCCACCAGCUUUGAUGGGCCCGCCAGCGCCUCGAGGAAUCACUUCGAACCCUACGCCAACUACCGCUCACUCAAUAGGCGCUCAAGAAAACGGAACAGUCAUCGUAGCAAGCUCACAACACGCGAGUGCCUUGUUGCGUCAACGGACAGAAUCAAGUGCAGCGCAGGAACAAGCACAAGGGCAAUAG